ACAAGUGGGCGUGCAGUGACUCUCCCUCAUUCAUCUGUUUCUAGUCUUCACCUUCCUUAGUUCCUUUUGUGGCGUUCAAGUAUCAUCUCGUGACUUGGUGUAUCUAGAAAGAGGUGUGGUGUCCUGUGCCUUCCUUUCAUUGUUCCUGAGGUCUCAUUGGUUCCCUGUCUGGAAGGAGGGACGUAUUGUCAAUUGUCUUUUCCCUUCCUUCUCUCUGUUCUCCGUCCUUUCCAUUCAUGAAGGCUGUGCAGCUGCGUUGUUCCACUGUUGCUGCCAUUUAACCAUCGUCAGUUGCAGAGUUUAAGAAUUUCAAGGUUGUCAACAUGCAGGGUAAGAUGGAUGGUCUGUGGGGCCCCUCAGGGACUAUGGAAACCGACACAUCAGUUUCCUUGGGUUUUGAGGACUCCUUUUCUCCACAAGAAGGCAGCGCGGUGGGGAACACUGCUCAGAGUCCCAGUCAAGAGAAUUAUGUUCCACUUCAAGACUCCCAGCAGUAUCUGGCAGGGCUUGAGUCCAAGCUAGCUCGCAUACAAGGCCGUACUGCUUCCAACAGGAAGACAGAGAGUCGCAGACUGCUGGAUGCCUUGGCUGGCUCCAGAAGCCACCAGACUGUCCAGCUGAUGCAGGACACUGAGUCUCCAUGUGGGAGCAUUCCUACAAUGGACACACCUCCAUCAUCAUCCACCAUAGAUCCACAAGGGGCCUUGGGUGCCAUGUUGAGAAGGGUGGCACCUGACCGAGUGGCUCUCACCGCUGAAGAAUUGUGCCAUUUGCUGCAGGCUGAUCUUCUUGCACAGAUGCAUGAAUCAGAGAAUGAUGCCUCACCAGAUACUCGUGUAACAGACAAGAACCUCACACCAGGAAACACCUGUGGGAGUCAGGAUAAAACAUCAGCCAACCUCUCAGGGACUGGAGAACACAGGGACCCUUCAUCUGAUGAAGGAGAGAAAUGACAAGUGUUCCAUCUUAACCAGUGUCUGGCUACUGAAACAACUGUUGUUAAGCAGUGAACAUGUCAUACCUCAAAAACAUUAUGUACACUGUAUGUAUGUUCAUUGUGGUAGUAAUUAUACAUGUCAAUAAAUUUAAAAAAUAUGCCUGUACCAUAUAUAUAUAUAUAUAUAUAUACAUAAAUACAAGUGUAAAUGAAAUGCUAAGUGUUACAGAUUAAUAUAAUGAAAUUUAUAAAAGAAA